AUGGACAUAUCAGCCACGCGCCGUGGGGCAGAUGCGGGUCGGAGGCGCCAUGGCCCCCGGUUUCCUGUCAUAAUAGUUGGUGAGGUGUUUACGAAUGCAUCUGCACCGGUUCACCCUCUCUUUCCCGUGGCGCCCUCCGGAAAGUUGCCGUUCGCACUUCUACCCAUUUGCAACACGCCCAUAAUUGACUACAUUCUGGAGAACCUAGCAGAGAAUGGAGUAGACGAAGUGUUUAUUCUCUUUAACAGUGAAUCAGUACCUCUCGUGCAUUCUCAUCUAAAGAACAACCGUACAGUGCGCGGCCGACCGUGGCUAGAAUGCAAGGACAUGAAGGUCCGCGUUGUAGAAAGCGUGCGCACAAUGACACGCCUUUGUGACGUUACAGCAGAAAUUGUGGAGCAAAACCUUGUUGAGCAGAACUCGUCUUUUCUCUUCGUUCCAAUUGACUCCGUGGCAGUUUUCACCAACCUUCGCGGCCUCUUUCACAUGCAUUUGGAGCGUUCGCGGAACAUAAAAAGCUACGCCGCCACUCUUGUCUGUACAUCAGUUAAGGCUGCUCUCGAGGAGACUCUUCACAAUGUGCUCGUCAACAAUGCAGACAACACGGGGACUUCAGCUACACAGCAGCAACGGGAGCCAUCGCCGGGUGGCGGAUUCGGGCUCUACGCGUUAGAGCGUCGUCCCCUCCCGGCCCCAGCGCUCCCACCGAGUCCACUGACAAUGUUUGCGAUCCAGCAGUCAACAGGUGUGGUGCGAAGUAUGACUCGACUCGAGCCGGCUGGGGAAACGUCAGAGCCAGUCCGAAUGGAGUUCAGUAGCCGUGACCGCAUUUCAGUGCGCAGCGACCUCGUACCAACAGGAUUUUUAUUCUGUUCGGGAGGGGCGUUAUCCCUCUUCUCGUUUCCGAUGGCUGACCAGCACGCGUUCCUAGUGGAUUUACUCGCGAAGCACGAACUUUGGGGUAACGUCUUUGGUGUCGCGGAGGCGGUCGCACCAAUGAGCGUUGUGCAGCCCAUCAAUAGCCUUCGGACGUAUAUUCAGGCAAAUAUCGAUGUGUGUAACCGCCGAUUUUUUCCACUUACACGGGAAUAUAGGUUCGUUGAGGAUCGUGAAUUAUAUGCUGCCUCCCCCCAUCUCCCCAGUGUCUACUUGCAUCAGUUAGGUGCCAAAGUGUUGGCAAACACCUGUGGUCCAUGCGUAGUAGUGGGUGAGCAUGUUGUUGUGCCGCCCAAUGCCGUGGUGCGUGGUGCGGUACUGGGUAAGGGUGUUUCCAUUGGAGAUGGGGCGAUAGUUGUUGGCUGCGUUCUUCUUGAUGGUGCGGUAGUUGGCCGGAAUUGCGUACUACGAAACUCACUCAUUGGGCACAAUACCAGGGUAUCAGACAGGGCAGAAGUGCUGAAUUGUAUUGUCGGCGAUGACUGUAUUAUCGGGAGUGCUGAUGAAACUCAUAAGGUUGUCGCGAUCACUAGUAGCAGUAGCGACAGCAAAAAUGAGGACAGCGCUAGUGUUAACACCGACGGAAGGUGUAGGAGCAAUACGAAUGGUGUCUACACCGCUCACCUUGCUGGAGAUCAGGGAAUUGUGCUUCAUGACGUUGUUGUUGCGGUCUGUUCUGCUGUGGAUACUGACGAGCGUGUUGUUGGUCGCGGGGGGCUUGGAAGGGUACUGCAGGGGCAGCACAUUAACAGCAUUGUCCCAACAUCUGAACUCUUCUUGCGGGACCCCAUUCCACGUAACGCGGAUGAUAGUGACGUUGGCGAUUCGGAAACGGACGAUGACGAUGAUGACGGUGAAGGGACAUUUGGUGAGGUGGUUCGUAAUUUGUUAGACCAAGCGAUAGGCCAACCGUCUCGCAUGGAACACUGUGUGUUCCAAAUGAAGAACAGUCGCCUCACCUUUGGUAGGAAAAAUCGUGACCUCUGCUAUAUCGUAACAGAGCAAUUGUUAAAACAUGCAAUGGGGCAAAACACCGGUGACACGAAUGUGUUGAUGCAGUCGGUCCGGGACCUUUUUGGCCAGUGGUGUCGUGCGCUUUACACCGAUGUGGUUACAGGCGAUGACGAGAUGCAGGCGGUAUUGGAAGCUGUGUGCUGCAGCGUUGCGGAUCCGGCUUGCCCGCUGCACAAAUGUGGCCCUAUGCUGCUAGAAUGCAUCUAUAAUGACUGUGAUGAAGACCUAUACGAGGAACGUGGCUAUUGUAUCGUCAGCGGUGAGUCACUCGUAGAAUUUGGUACAAGGAUGGCAAGGCUAGCAGAGCAGCGAUGUAAUGAGAGCGAUGAAGAAGAUGAAGAGGAGGAGUUGGAUUCUCGUAAGGAGGGUAUGUUGCGUGUGGCUCUCACUUGCCAGAAAUUUAUAGCUGAUGUGCGCUUCUUCCUCGAAGAAGAAGAGGAGGGAAUGUUUUGA